AUGAUUCCAAGGACCAUUGCCUACCUGACUCACGCAAAGGAGCCGGGCAACGAGAGGUUCCAACCCCCUCUGGUGAAGUUCAAGUGCACCAAGAUGGAUGGACCGGAGCCCAAGGCGCGGGUGACUUACGAGGCGAACGGCACCCAAGAGGUUGUGACGGCCAAGACUCUGGCUCUCUUGGUGGCUUCACUGGCCUGA